AUGUUGAAAAUUUUAGGUGAGUUGAGGAGAUUCACAGAUUUUUCAGUCAAAUCUGAAAUUAUUUGCAGUUUUCUUUCUAAUUCUCCAACCAAUAUUCGCGCAAAAACCCCUGAAUUCUUUGAAUUUCGAAAAAGAAGUUGGGAAAUCGCAAAGAAUUUGGUUGGUUGAAAUUGGAGCCGAAAGCAAAAGCGCGCUGAAAUCCGCCAAAAAUCUGGUUGGAUUGGUGGAAUUCGGUUUGGCUGAUGCGAAAUUGGCGGCGAAAUUUGGUGCAAAAAAUGGAGAUGUCUUGGUUUUCCUGGAUGAUAAGAAGAAGCCCAAGAAGGUCGAGGAAGCAGCGAAUUUGGAUGAAUUUGUUUUACGAGAAAUUGGCGAUUUGGUGAAAUUGCGAGCCGAAGGAAGUGAGUUUUUGGGUUCAAAAAAUGCGCAAUUUUUCGCUGAUUCUUCUGAUAUCCCAUAAGUCACAUUUGAAGGCUGUGAAGUUGCUGAAAAUCUGAAAAUUAGGCUGAAAACAAAUGAACGCGGGUUAAAGGCGCACAUGGGUCUCGUGGCGAGGAGACGAAACAUUUAGUGGGAAAGAUGAUUUUUACUUGUUUUUCGGUGGUUUCAGAGGGUUUUGGGGGUUAUUCGUAUAUUGAAAAGUGGAGGAGAAGAUUCUGCAUCUUUUGAAUAUAGAAUCCCUGGGAAAUUUUCAGAUUUUGGAUGAAAAAUGCUGAAAAUAAGGUUUCUCGUCAUUUUCAGCCUAUUUUUCUGAAAAUUGAAGUCAGGGUGAAAUUUAGUGCAUUCGAAACGAUAAUAGAAGGUUUUUCACAUAGCUUAGUACAAAUCUUGUUGGAAAAAUCUGAAAAUUUGGCUGAAAAUGAUGAAAAUAGGGUUUUUCGUCACGUUUAGUGAUAUUUUCAGCCUAUUUUUCUGAGGAUUGAAGCCAGGGUGAAAUUUAGUGCAUUCUAAACGAUAAUAGAAGGCUUUUCACAUCGUUUAGUACAAAUCUUGUUGGAAAAAUCUGAAAAUUUGGCUGAAAAUGGUGAAAAUAGGGGUUUUCGUCACGUUUAGUCACAUUUUCAGCCUAUUUUUCUGAAAUUUGAAGCCAGGAUGAAAUUUAGUGCAUUCGAAACGAUUCUAGAAGGCUUUUCACAUCGUUUAGACUAUAUUUGUUCAGGAAAUUUCUGAAAAUUUGGCUGAAAAUGCUGAAAAUAGGGGUUUUCGUCACUUUCAGUCACAUUUUCAGCCUAAAUUUCAGAAAUUUGAAGUCAGUGUGAAAUUUAGUGCAUUCGAAACGAUUUUAGAAGGCUUUUCACAUCGUUUAGACUAUAUUUGUUCGGGAAAUUCUGAAAAUUUGACUGAAAAUGAUGAAAAUCAGGUUUUUCGUCACGUUUAGUCAUAUUUUCAGCCUAUUUUUCUGAAAUUUGAAGCCAGGGUGAAAUUUAUUACAUUCUAAACGAUAAUAGAAGGCUUUUCACAUCGUUUAGUACAAACCUGGUUAAAAAUUUCUGUAAAUUUGGCUGAAAAUGGUGAAAAUCAGGUUUUUCGUCACGUUUAGUCACAUUUUCAGCCUAAAUUUCAGAAAUUUGAAGUCAGGGUGAAAUUUAUUACAUUCUAAACGAUAAUAGAAGGCUUUUCACAUCGUUUAGACUAUAUUUGUUCGGGAAAAUCUGAAAAUUUGGCUGAAAAUGACGAAAAUAGGGUUUUUCGUCACGUUUAGUCUCAUUUUCAGCUUAAAUUUCAGAGGAUUUAAGCUGGGAUGAAAUUUAGUGCAUUCGAAACGAUAAUAGAAGGCUUUUCACAUCGUUUAGUACAAACCUGGUUGAAAAUUUCUGAAAAUUUGGCUGAAAAUGGUGAAAAUAGGGGUGUUCGUCACGUUUAGUCACAUUUUCAGCCUAUUUUUUCUGAAAUUUGAAGUCAGGGUGAAAUUUAUUACAUUCUAAACGAUAAUAGAAGGCUUUUCACAUCGUUUAGUACAAACCUGGUUAAAAAUUUCUGGAAAUUUGGCUGGAAAUGAUGAAAAUAAGGUUUUUCGUCACGUUUAGUCACAUUUUCAGCCUAAAUUUCAGAAAUUUGAAGUCAGGGUGAAAUUUAUUACAUUCUAAACGAUAAUAGAAGGCUUUUCACAUCGUUUAGACUAUAUUUGUUCGGGAAAAUCUGAAAAUUUGGCUGAAAAUGACGAAAAUAGGGUUUUUCGUCACGUUUAGUCUCAUUUUCAGCUUAAAUUUCAGAGGAUUUAAGCUGGGAUGAAAUUUAGUGCAUUCGAAACGAUAAUAGAAGGCUUUUCACAUCGUUUAGUACAAACCUGGUUGAAAAUUUCUGAAAAUUUGGCUGAAAAUGGUGAAAAUAGGGGUGUUCGUCACGUUUAUUCACAUUUUCAGCCUAAAUUUCAGAAAUUUGAAGUCAGGGUGGAAUUUAGUACAUUCGAAACGAUAAUAGAAGGUUUUUCACAUCGUUUAGUACAAAUCUUGUUGGAAAAAUCUGAAAAUUUGGCUGAAAAUGGUGAAAAUAAUGAUUUUUCGUCCGUCACGUUUAGUCACAUUUUCAGCCUAUUUUUUGAAGUUUAGCAGCUGAAACAGAUUGAGAUAAGUAUGAAACAGUUCUAAUCGAUGAAUUACAUGGUAUAGUACAAAUUUGAUUGAGAUAAUCUGAAAAUUUGGCUGAAAAUGCUGAAAAUAGUGAUUUUUCGUCACGUUUAGUCACAUUUUCAGCCUAUUUUUCUGAAAUUUGAAGCCAGGGUGAAAUUUAGUGCAUUCGAAACGAUAAUAGAAGGCUAUUCACAUCGUUUAGUACAAAUUUUAUUAGAAAAAUCUGAAAAUUCGGCUGAAAAUGCUGAAAAUAAUGAUUUUUCGUCCGUUUUCCUACAAAAUUUAGAUUUUUUUUUGAAAAAUCGCAUCUCUUAGGUAUAAAAUUGAUGGGAAAACAUGGAGUUUCCAGAUUUUCCUCAUUUCAAACAAUUCUAAGGCACUUUUCACAUAGUUUAGUACAAAUCUUGUUGGAAAAAUCUGAAAAUUUGGCUGAAAAUUCGAAUUUUGCAGAAUCAGCCCCACCAAAAAUCCAAGCACCUCCCAAAAAAUGGCAAAUGCAAUACCUCAAAGACGCCGACUUCGAGAAAACCAUCUCCCCAUCGAAAUCCUCGCCAAAAAAGAUCUGGUUCGUCCUAUUUUUCGCUCCCUGGUGUGGACAUUGCAAGAAAUUCGAGCCGGAAUUCCGGAAAGCCGCCGAAAAAAUGGCGGGAAAAGUCGAAUUUGCGCAAGUGGAUUGCACACAAAAUCAAAAGACUUGCGGGCGUUUUGGAGUUCAGGGAUAUCCGACUGUCAAGUUUUUUGGAGUUGGCGGAACUUCGGAUUUUGAAGAUUAUAAUGGCGCGAGAGAUUGGCAAAGUGUUGUUGAAUAUACGACGGCGAAAUUUGAAAAAUUGUUGAGCAAAGUUGAGAUUCUUGAAGGGGUAGAUCAAAAUUUGGUGCAAAAUGCGUGUGGUGAAAAGGCACUUUGUGUUUUCUCGUUUUUGCCGCAUAUUUUGGAUUGUGAUUUGAAAUGUCGAAAGGAGUAUUUGGGAGUUAUUGAGAAGGUUUCCGAGGUUUUUAAGGGAAGAAAUUGGGCGUGAGUUUGGAAAAAAUGUGAAAAAUGGUGUUUUUGACCGAAAAUAGCUGAAAAUUUGCCAUUUUUUGAGCUAGAAUUCAUGAAAAUCCAAAUUUUUGGUCAAAAUUAGCUGAAAAUUUGGGAUUUUUCAUGAAAGCCUGAUUUUUUUACCUAAAAACCAUGAAAAAUCCCGUUUUUAGUCAAAGUUAGCUGAAAAUUCAUCGAAAAUCUCAUCGGUAACACGCGCUCCACCGAAAUAAACACGCAACGCAGACCGCGUCGCGCUACAACACAUUCAAAUUCCCUCCCUUUUUGUGUGUGUUGUGGUGCGGCGCGGCCUGCGUUGCGUGUUUAUUUCGGUGGAGCGCGUGGUACCGAUGAGAUUUUCGAUAAUAGCUGAAAAAUCCUAAAAUUUUGUGGUUUUUGACCUAGAAUUCAUGAAAAAUGUCAUUUUUGACCGAAAUUAGCUGAAAAUUCGGAAUUUUUCAUAAUGGGGCUAUUCAGCGAAAAAAAAAAUGUUUUCUCAACGGGAGAAAAGCGAAGAAAACCUAUUCAAGUCGGUUGAGAAAACAUAAAAAUCAAACACUUAAAACACACAAAUUGCGACGAGACCCAACGAAAAACAACAUGUUCCUUUGACCUUUUGCAUUACUGUAAAUUGGUCCCGUUGCGAUUUUCUACAGUAUCUUAAAGGAACAUGUUGUUUUUUCGUUGGGUCUCGUCGCAAUUUGUGUGUUUCAAGUGUUUGAUUUUUAUGUUUUCUCAACCGACUUGAAUAGGUUUUCUUCGCUUUUCUCCCGUUGAGAAAACAUUUUUUUCGCUGAAUAGCCCCAUAAAAGCUUCAUUUUUUCAGCUGAAAAUUCAUUGAAAACUGGUUAUUUUCGGCUAAAACCAUGGAAAAUCCCAUUUUUGGUUAAAAUUAGCUGAAAAUUCGGAAUUUUUCAUGAAAGCUUCAUUUUUUGACCUAGAAUCCAUUGAAAAUCCGAAUUUUCGCUCAAAAUUUAUGGUUUUAGCUGAAAAAUGAAGAAAAAUACAAAAUUUGAUCUGAAAUUUUUGCUAAAAAAAAAAAUCUUGAAAUUGUGCUGGAAAUUCAUGAAAAUCCGAUUUUGACUGGAAAUAUCUGAAAAAUCGAUUUCUAGACGAAUUUUUGGAUUUCUAGGCCAUUUUUUGGAUUUCUAGGUCAUUUUUUUGGGUUUCUAGGCCAUUUUUUUGGGUUUCUAGGCCAUUUUUUGGGUUUCCAGGCCAUUUUUCGAAGUUCUAUGCCAUUUUUUGGGUUUCUAGGCCAUUUUUUCCGGUUUCUAGGUCAUGUUUCGAGUUUCUAGGCCAUUUUUUUGGAUUUCUAGGCCAUAUUUUUCCAAAUUUUCCAAUUUUUUUUCCAGAUGGAUUUGGAACGAAGGCGGUGCUCAACCAAAACUCGAAUCAACCUUCGAAAUCGGUGGCUUCGGAUAUCCAGCUCUCGCAAUUUUCAGCCCAAAAAAAUUGCGAUUCUCAACAAUGCGUGGAAGUUUUUCGACUGAAUCAAUCAAGGAAUUUUUGACAUCAAUCGGAAGCGGAAAAUUGAAAGUCGAUGUUGUUGAUGAGAAAAAAUUGGAUGAAAAUGGUGGAUUUUUGAAAAUUGAAACGAUUCAAAAAUGGAAUGAAAAUGGAGGAAAAGAUGAGCUUUAA